AUGGAUGGGGAAAAUUGCACUUCCUUGAAAGAAUUCCUUCUCUUGGGAAUUAGUAGUAGCCCGGUAAUCAAAGUGACUCUAUUUACCACGUUUCUGGUUGUUUAUAUCAUUAUUCUCGUUGCAAAUCUUGGGAUGAUGGUUUUAGUUAGAACAGACCCCCAGUUGCACACACCCAUGUUUUUCCUCAGCCACCUCUCCUUCAGCGACCUCUGCUAUUCCACAGCCAUUGGACCCAGGAUGCUUGUAGGCUUCCUCAUCAAGAACAAAUCAAUCUCCUUCUAUGGCUGUGCUCUGUAAUUCCUGAUCUUCUGUACCUUUGCAGAUUCUGAGUGUCUGCUGUUGGCAGUCACAGCCUCUGAUCGGCACAUGGCUAUUAGCAACCCCUUGCUUUAUACAGUCAAGAUGUCCGGCAAGGUGUGCUCGCUGCUGAUGGCUGGGGUUUAUAUGGUGGGAAUUACGGAUGCUUUGACAAUUACAGUAUUAACUUUCCACUUAUGUUUCUGUGGGUCAAAUGAAAUUAACCAUUUCUUCUGUGAUGUUCCUCCUCUCCUCUUGCUAUCUUGCUCAGAUACACAGGUCAAUGAAUUAGUGAUGUUUAUCACUUUUGGCUUCAUUGAACUGAUUGCACUUUCAGGUCUUUUUGUGUCUUACUGUUACAUCAUCCUAGCAGUGAUAAAGAUUCGCUCUGCUGAAGGGAGGUUCAAGGCUUUCUCCACCUGCAGCUCCCACCUAACUGCUGUGGCAAUUUUCCAGGGAACUCUGCUCUUCAUGUAUUUCAGGCCAAGUACUUCCUACUCUCUAGACGAAGAUAAAACGACCUCCUUGUUUUAUACCCUUGUGAUUCCCAUGUUAAAUCCUCUGAUUUACAGCCUACGGAACAAAGACGUGGAAGAGGCUCUGAUGAAAUGUAAAAAUAAAAAAUGGUUCCAUUGA